GUAGUCGAAGCCAAAGAGACAAAUGAACCAGUGAUUCCACAGAAGCUCGAAGCAGCCUAGCACUACUUCGCUAUGAAGGUCCUCGUCGCCUUUGCACUGUUGGCCGUGUUUGGCUCUUUCCACAAUCCCUGCGCAGCUGCUCCUGCUGUUGAAUCUCCCGCACAGACGGAACAGGAUGAUGCCAAGAAUGAAGCAGCCCUGGCUGAAGUAUUGGAAAAUGUAGGGCGGCGACUUCCGUCUGAGGAUGUUGUUCUUCCUCCCGAAGUUAAAGCUGUCAUCGAAGAGGCUCUCAACAAACAAGUGAAGGACCUGUCCGAGCAGGUCGAAGAGGAAGAAUUGGAGGCUCUGAUGGAUUCUCUUGCUGAGUACGGGUGGUUAAAGAAGAAGUGGAAGCAGAUCAGGAAGGGAGCUGAAAAAAUCGCAAAAAAAGUGGCAACGGCUGUCGUUGUUUCUAAAGUUGCUGGAGCUAUUGCUGGUUGAAUGAUGCUAAGAAUAUGUAACGAUGAUGUCAAAGCUAAAUAAACGAAGAAAGAGAAACAUA